GGACACGCAAAGUCCAGAAGAAAGCUGAGCAAGUCCAACUCUGUGCUUAGUGUGCCGGACUGUGAUACAAUCUUUGAAAGCUAUACGGGACCGCAGUAGACAUUGCCGAAGAGAUUUUACACCUGAACUGGAGCUUUAGAUGAUUCGCCAAGUUAUGCGUAAAAAAGCGCACCGCUCGUCGUGACGCAGCGUCACCGUUUUGGAUGUAAAGCUCUUCCAGUAGAUCAACAACCUGAACUGGGACUUUACUUAUUAAGGACUACGUUUUCCCAAUGAGGAUUACAAAUAUCAUGAGGAUUGCGUGGGUGUGUGUAUUGUGCUUCAUUGAUUUAUCAGAUGCUGUGAUCGACUUGACUAUGAUCUCCACAGCAGAGGUCACCAAUUUCAAUCACUUCACCAUCUCUUGUAUCAAUGGCGAGCGCAGCCCUGCGCCGGUUGAGCUGGACAUCACGAGAGACAACGAAAUCCUCAGAUUCUCCAAGAAGCCAAAUUUUAAAGUGCAUAAGCCCAAGAACAAGGAGGUGGUGGCCAGAGACUUUAUGACCCUACUGGAUAAUAUUGGUAUCUAUUACUGCAAAUCGACUCAGGAAGUUCCCCCAUUUGAGACGGUCACAAUGAUCAACAACUUUGCCAGAGCAAAUUUUAUACCAACUCACCUGACAGUGACCGCCAACAAAGGAGAGACAGUUAACCUCAGUAUGCAGCUCCUGAACCCCCAAAAGAGGGAUGUGACCUGGAAGUACAAUGGAAAUUACUAUUACAUGACUCACUGGAAUGAUAUGAUCAACCACACUGCUGUGCUGACAGUAGAGGACGCAGCUUUUGCCAAUCAAGGCAUCUACAGUGCCAGCUAUGUGGGAGACAGCCCUCUCCAGGGCGCCUGGAUGAGGCUCAUUGUCAGAGACUGUCCCAGUAAGAAGUGGGGUGAGUACUGUGACAAGGACUGUCCAGACUGUCUCAAUGGUGGAGUGUGUCAUGGUCUUGACGGAGACUGUAUCUGCCCUCCUGGAUUCAGGGGAACACACUGUGAGACAGCCUGCAGAGAAGGAAUGUUUGGCCGAAACUGCCAGGAGUCAUGUGGCUCCGAGCUGAACUGCAAGGGGCUUCGCUUCUGCCUACCAGACCCUUAUGGCUGCUCCUGCGCCAGCGGCUGGUUUGGGAGCCGCUGUGAGAAGGCCUGCCAUAAUGACAUGUACGGACCAGACUGCAAGCUGAGUUGUAAAUGCCAGAAUGGAGGAGUUUGCAACCGUUUUAGUGGAUGCCAGUGUCCCACAGGGUGGAGAGGACAGAGCUGUGAGAAAUCUGACCGGGCUCCCCAGAUCUUGGACUUGGAUAGUAAUUUAGAGUGGAAUCUGAACUCCAGCCCCAAGAUCUCUUGUUCAGCCACAGGAAACCCCCUGCCCAGCCACAACAGCAUUGAGCUGCGAAAGUUGGACAGCACUGUGCUUAAGGCCACUCAAACCAUCAUGGAUUCAAAUAAGAGUACAGCCCUGUUUGAGAUCCAUCACCUGAGUGUUCAACAAGGAGGGCUGUGGGAGUGCAGGGUGUCCACCAACGGAGGCCAGGACUCCCGCAAGUUCAACCUCACCAUUAAAGAACCGCCAGUGCCCAUUACUGCCCCCAAACUCAUGGAAAAGCGGAGUAAGCAGCUGCUGGUGAUGCCGAUGGAGUCCUUCCGAGGACACGGUCCUAUUGUCUCCACCAGGAUCCUCUACAAGCCUGUGGAGAAUGAAGACUCUUGGUCCUCCAUCAUAGUCUACAGUGACAAAGAGCCCAUCACGCUGAUGAACCUGGAGCCUUCAACACGCUACCGUGUCCGUGUCCAGCUAAGUCGUCCUGGGGAAAAAGGAGAGGGGGCCCAGGGGCCAGAGGCCAUCAUGGAGACUGAUUGUCUUGAGCCCACAGUUCAACCUGAGAUUGACAUCAGCUCGGUGGAAGGCCGCAAUGCCACUGUACACUGGCGACUGCCUGCCAACAAUGGCAUUAAUGCCAGCACAGCCAGUGGCUUUUUAGUGCAGCUCUUCGGGCCACCACCCCACAGUAAGAAACUACUGGAGGAGACCACCCUGCUCAAUGUGCUUUCCACAAAGUUUCACAACCUGGAGUAUCAGCAAGACUACAAGGUGGUGGUGCACCUCAUCAACUGCGGCAGCCAGGGGCCUCCCUCCAAGCCCUACCACUUCCGCAUCAACAGCCAGGGCCCAUCGUCCCCACGCAAUGUCCAGGCCCUGCCUCUGUCCAUGUCAGCCAUCCAGGUGAGGUGGCAGCCCCCUGAGGACCCCAAUGGAGGCAUCAUUAAAUACAUCAUAGAGUACCAGCCGGUCGGCCAGGGGAGCCCUCACCCUUGGGUGGACACAGAUGAUGGAAACAAGACCACCAAAGAUGUGACAGCUCUCAAUGGCAGUACCCUCUACCAAUUCAGAGUGAGGGCAUUUUCUAAAGUGCCAGGAGAGUGGAGCAGCUUUGUUCAGGCAACGACACAAGGGGAUGGCUUUCAGAGUUUAACCCCGACCACCCAGGGGGUGGCUGGGAGGCCUACUGGGGACAGUUACCAGCUGUUGGUGGCAGUGGUGGGAUCAGUGACAGUCACCUGUGUGACCAUCCUGCUGGCACUGCUUGCUCUUUUCUUCAUACGCAAGACAUUGCUCAAUCGUCGGCGCACAUUUACCUACCAGUCUGGAUCGGGUGAGGAGACCAUUCUGCAGUUUAACUCAGGCACUCUGACCCUGACCCGGAGGCCCAAGCCCACCCCAGAGCCCCUCACUUAUCCAAUCCUGGAGUGGGAGGACAUUAAGUUUGAAGAUGUCAUCGGAGAAGGCAACUUUGGCCAGGUCAUCAAAGCCAUGAUCAAGAAGGAUGGCAACAAGAUGAGCGCCGCCAUAAAGAUGCUGAAAGAGUUUGCCUCAGAGAAUGACCACCGAGACUUUGCAGGGGAGCUGGAGGUGCUGUGUAAACUAGGCCAGCAUCCCAACAUCAUCAACCUGAUAGGGGCCUGUGAGAACAGAGGUUACCUGUAUAUAGCCAUAGAAUACGCUCCCUACGGUAACCUUCUUGACUUUCUGAGGAAGAGCAGAGUCUUGGAGACUGACCCCGCUUUUGCCAAGGAACACGGCACUGCCUCCACCCUCACCUCCCAACAGCUCCUGCAGUUCGCUGUGGACGUGGCAACUGGGAUGCACUACCUCAGUGACAAACAGUUCAUUCACAGGGAUUUGGCUGCUAGGAAUGUUCUUGUAGGGGACAACCUUGUGGCGAAGAUAGCAGAUUUUGGCCUGUCCCGUGGUGAGGAAGUUUAUGUUAAGAAGACUAUGGGGAGACUGCCUGUACGCUGGAUGGCCAUCGAGUCCCUGAACUACAGCGUAUACACAACCAAGAGCGAUGUAUGGUCUUUCGGGGUUCUCCUCUGGGAAAUUGUAAGCUUAGGUGGCACUCCAUACUGUGGGAUGACAUGCGCUGAGCUUUAUGAAAAACUGCCACAAGGCUACAGGAUGGAGAAACCCAAAAACUGUGAUGAUGAGGUUUACGAGCUGAUGAGGCAGUGCUGGAGGGAUCGGCCCUAUGAGAGGCCCCCCUUCUCCCAAAUCUCUGUCCAGCUCAACAGGAUGCAGGAGGCCAGGAAGGCUUAUGUGAACAUGGCUCUCUUUGAGAACUUCACCUACGCUGGGAUAGAUGCCACAGCCGAAGAAGCCUGACUACCAGCCCCCCCAGACCCUAGCAUGCCACGUAGCCUGAAGAGGAAGCCCCGAGGAUGGUCGCCACGUUACUGCCACCUCCCUGCUGCUCAUCGUCGAGACAGGAGGAGCAGGCGCUCAACCAAAACCACCCAGCUAUAGAUGUAGGACUGUGAAAGGACACUGUGUGGAGGUAUUGGAGGCAUUAGGAGAUGUGGAGUAUGGCUGGGCUUUGGAUGGAGAGAUGCGAUUGCUACCAACCUUUUGGGAAAUAUGACCCCCGUCACAACAAACCAGUCCCAGAAUAGAGAUGCAACAUUGUACCUCUUGCUGUUACAGAAGUUAACAAUGCUGAACACUUUGGGAAGGGGGUAAAUAUGGAGUUGCUUGUGUGGCUUGCUGAAACACCACAGGGUCUGUGGGGUGUUGAUGCUGGACUCUAUUUUCUCUCUGUUGCUGUAAAUGGAGAGGGGAAUCUUUUCAUGAAGAUGAAAUGAAAGGACACAGUGUGUAUGACAAACAUUCAGGUUCUCAGACUUUUAGAAAUCAAUGAAAAACAUACAAUGUAGCACUUAAAACCAGCCUUAUUCAUGUUCUCUGUGUCUUUUACUUUUUUGCCUAUCACUGCCAUGUGAAUGUAACUACUACUGUAUGUAUUUUUCUCCUUUUAUAAAGAAUACAUAGAUAUAUCAAAGCCUCCUAUUCCAUUAUAGUUAAAGUUACAGACUGUUACAAAUGCAACCAUGGUAGAUGUUCCAUGUGUUGCAUGCAAAGAAAGCUCCACCUCAAGGGUUAAUGUUUGGAAAAUGCUACUAAUACUGGGCAGAUGUACAGCCAGUCUACCAGCUAUCACCAUUAUAGUACCUUUAAUACUAUACAACCUAACAUAAUGUAUGGUAGAAUAUCCACUCUAUGAGAAUGUACAGUAUGUUUUCAUUAAUUGGUUCAUUGAAUAAAGCUUUUGAUAAGUGGACUAAUAGUUAGAGGUAGUUGAGUUAAAUUCCAUGUUUUGUCAGUUUCUGUAACACUUUUUUGUUGCAUGCAUUUUUUUUUACAUUGUUGUUUAUUAACUGUAAAUAUUGUUGUUGUUGACCUGCUAACAGUGAGCAUGGUUGUAAUGACAGAACUACAGGCCGGGGUGUCUGUGGAGAAUUCAGGAACUCUGAUCUCCUCCUGCUGCACUGGGCUGAUCUGUCACUAGGUUUCCUUUUUCUACAAACCAACCGCAGGCUUGAAACUGUCUGUCAAAUAUAGCUUUUAGUGGGCCAGCUUCCUGACGACUUCAACGCACAGACACUGGCUAUACAACAAUAUAAUGAAGGGAACAAGAGCACCAUGAAAUGUAUUUUCUCCCAUCUGAAAGCCUAUGUUCUGAGCAAUGGCGGAAAGUAAUUAAGUACAUUUACUCAAGUACUGUACUUAAGAACAGUUUUGAGGUACUUGUACUUUAU